AUGAGAGAAGUUAUCAGCUUGAACGUCGGCCAGGCUGGCUGUCAGAUCGCCAACUCGUGCUGGGAGCUUUACUGCCUCGAACACGGCAUUCAGCCCGAUGGAUACCUCACUGAAGAACGAAAAGCAGCCGACCCCGACCAGGGAUUCAGCACAUUCUUCUCCGAGACAGGUAACGGCAAAUACGUCCCCCGCACCAUCUACUGCGAUCUCGAGCCCAAUGUCGUGGACGAAGUCCGCACUGGCGCGUACCGAAGCCUUUUCCACCCGGAGCAGAUGAUCACAGGAAAAGAGGAUGCGUCCAACAACUAUGCUCGUGGCCACUACACCGUCGGCAAGGAGCUCAUUGAUCAGGUUCUCGACAAGGUCCGCCGCGUGGCAGACAACUGCAGUGGUCUUCAGGGUUUCCUAGUCUUCCACUCCUUCGGCGGCGGUACCGGUUCUGGCUUUGGUGCCUUGCUCAUGGAGCGCCUCUCGGUCGACUAUGGCAAAAAGUGCAAACUCGAGUUCUGCGUCUACCCGGCGCCCCAGGUGGCUACCUCUGUCGUCGAGCCUUACAAUUCCAUUUUGACCACCCACACCACCUUGGAGCACUCGGACUGCAGUUUCAUGGUCGACAAUGAGGCCAUCUACGACAUCUGCCGACGAAACCUCGGAAUUGAACGCCCGAAUCUGGAGAAUUUGAACAGAUUGAUUGCCCAAGUCGUUUCUUCCAUCACUGCCUCGCUUCGAUUCGAUGGUUCCCUCAACGUCGAUUUGGCCGAGUUCCAGACCAAUCUCGUCCCUUACCCACGCAUCCACUUCCCACUGGUUGCCUAUGCACCAGUCAUUUCUGCCGCAAAGGCUCAGCACGAGGCUAACUCGGUUCAAGAGAUCUCCAUGUCUUGCUUCGAGCCCAACAACCAGAUGGUCAAGUGUGAUCCACGCAACGGCAAAUACAUGGCAACUUGCCUGCUGUACCGAGGCGAUGUUGUUCCAAACGACGUUCAUCAAGCUGUCGCUACCCUGAAGACAAAGCGAACCAUUCAGUUUGUGGAUUGGUGCCCUACCGGAUUCAAGAUCGGAAUCUGCUACCAGCCGCCUCAGAUGGUUCCCAAUGGAGACCUCGCCAAAGUCAAUCGUGCAGUGUGCAUGCUGUCCAACACGACGGCCAUUGCUGAAGCCUGGUCCGCGCUGUCGCACAAGUUCGACUUGAUGUACUCCAAACGCGCGUUUGUGCACUGGUAUGUUGGUGAGGGUAUGGAGGAAGGUGAAUUCUCCGAAGCUCGUGAGGAUCUUGCUGCACUUGAGAGAGACUACGAAGAGGUUGCCAGCGACUCGAUCGAAGAAGGAGAAGGCUCAGAGCUGCUUGAACACUAG